ACCAAACACAGGUACGCUCAAAGGACGCCUUGUACUCGAGAUAUGGAAGCCGUUCAGCAUUGCGAAAUCGACACCGCUCCGCCAUUGUGCCCCAGCUGUAUGCCUACGCCAACGGAAGAUAUUGUCGCACGCGAACACACCAAUCGCUCCAAGAUGAAUACUUCUGCUCUGGGCUAUACAAUGCAAAGGACUUUAGUGACGGAGCGAAGCAGUGCUGCGGUUUCGGAAAUCACACAGGAAGAACAAAAGCUAAUUUGA